AUGGUGUAUGACGGUACCAAAUGGGGACUGAAUGAUUCUCUGUGGGUUCCGGGGUUUCCUCUGCCAACUGUUGAUACAAUGCUAAGGGCUGUAACAUACGAUACUGUCAUGAGUGAUUUUGACAUCGGAGAUUGUUUCUUAAAUUUUGUAUUACAGGAGACUCUCCAAUCUCUGUGCCGAGUCGAUCUUACCAAAUACUUUGGAGAAGGUGAUAUCUUGUGGGAACGCUGGGUUCAAGCCGCGAUGGGAUUGAAAAGUUCACCGUACCAAGCUGUGCAAGCCAUCAUGGUGGCCAAGGAGAUUGCCUUGGGAGAUAGGAAGGAUCCGAAGAACUCAUUUAGGUGGGACGAAGUUAAGUUGAACCUACUAGGAUCAAGUACGUAUGAUCCCAGCUUGCCUUGGGUGUUCAAGAUCCGGUGGUCUGAUGGUAAAAUCGCUGCGGAUUUGUUCAUCUAUGUUGACAAUGGCCGAGUUACUGCAUCCAACAAGUUGGAAUGUAAGCGGGCAACAAGACAGGCGGCUAGCCGUUUGAAUGGACUUGGUAUUCAAGAGGCAGCGAGAAAACGAAGAUGGGGAUCACAAAACCCAGGAGCCUGGGCUGGACCCUUGGUAAAGACCACUGAGGAUUCAGUGAGUGUGUUCGUGUCUCAAGAAAAAUGGGACAAGACCAAGUUGCAGGUCAAGCAGAUCGUGGAAGAACUUAGUGGGUCAACAUUGGGGUCUUUAAAGCACAAGCCGCUAGAGAGAAAGCGCGGGUUUCUAAUCUAUGUUACUCGAACUUAUCCAACGAUGAGAGCCCCCCAGUUCGGAGAGUACGCAGUAAGAGGGUAA